GCACCGGCUGCCACCCACCGGCUACCGGCGUCUCUCCAGGCCUCCCCCCCCCCCCCCCCGCCUCCGGCCCCGCCCGGCCGCACCCGGGGCUGCGCGGCGUCACAGAGCGCAUGCGUGCCGCGGGGGAUGCCGGGAGCGCGCAGUGGCGGCAGCGGCAGCGACGGCAGUAACAGCGGCCGCUCGAGCGGGGACAGCAGCGGGGCGGUGACCGUGUGGGAGGUGGUCUCACUCCUGGGGAAAUUGCUGGGGACCGUCGCCGCGCUGAAGGUGGUUCUGUACCUGCUCCGGGUGUGCUUCGCGAUGGCCUGGAAAUCCGGCGGCGCCAGCCACUCGGAGCUAAUCCACAACCUCCGCAAGAAUGGAAUCAUCAAGACAGAUAAAGUAUUUGAAGUGAUGCUGGCUACAGACCGCUCCCACUAUGCAAAAUCAAACCCUUACAUGGAUUCUCCACAGUCAAUAGGGUUCCAAGCUACAAUUAGCGCUCCUCACAUGCAUGCAUACGCACUAGAACUUCUCUUUGACCAGCUGCAUGAAGGUGCUAAAGCCCUUGAUGUCGGGUCUGGAAGCGGAAUCCUCACCGCGUGUUUUGCACGGAUGGUUGGACAAAAUGGAAAAGUCAUAGGAAUUGAUCACAUUAAAGAACUAGUAGAUGACUCAAUAAAUAAUGUGAAAAAGGACGACCCAAUGCUUCUGACCUCGGGGCGAGUCCGGCUGGUUGUGGGUGAUGGAAGAAUGGGAUAUGCUGAAGAAGCCCCAUACGACGCUAUUCAUGUAGGAGCUGCAGCCCCAGUUGUGCCUCAGGCACUAAUAGACCAGUUAAAGCCUGGUGGAAGAUUGAUAUUGCCAGUCGGUCCUGCAGGAGGAAACCAAAUGUUGGAGCAGUAUGAUAAACUCCACGACGGCAGUGUCAAAAUGAAGCCUCUGAUGGGGGUGAUAUAUGUGCCUUUAACAGAUAAAGAAAAGCAGUGGUCCAGGUGGAAGUGAUUUUCUCUUCUGCUCUUUCUUCUUCCACACAUUCAAGGGAUGAACUGUAAAAGCAACAUGAGCUUGACCAGUCUAUAACAUUGCAGUGGAUUGCUCAUCUCGGUCCUUAAAGCAUUUGAAAACCAACAGCAUCACAGCUUGUUUUGGACUUCGUUACACUCUUAUUUUCAGCAUGAAAAUGUGUGGUUUUGUAGGACUUCCUAAUUCAGAGAGGCGCAGAGCCAAGGUUGCAGAGAGGGCAGCAAAGUAUAACUUUGUGUGUUGUUUUAACACGCCCACAUUUUACUUCAAAAAUAUUAAAAGAAAGUUCUCCACAUGGAGAGCUAAGUUUGUGAAUUAGUUUUGAGGAGUGGCUUUGCUUUUCUUGAACACUUAAUUCUGUUCCAAUAUUAAUUUAUCAGAUUUCUUUUGUGCAUCAGAUAACACCACCAUUCACAAGUUUAGGUUUCUUGGUAGCCAAUGUCUGUUAGAUGCUACUAAGAAAAUAGAGAUGAGCUUUCUUUUUAAAGCUUUUGAUGUGGUGUCAUAGGAUAGCAUGUUGUAGAUACAAUCAGCUGCUGUUACCUUAAAACUAGGUGUUUGUAAAUACUGAAACUUAAGACGGCGACAGCGAAGACGGCAGGUGGAGUCCCGUAAACUUUACUCAGCUGUUCAGAUUGGACAUCUCCGAUGUAAUUUUCCUCCCUCUCAAAGUGAUAGGAGGUUGUAGCUCAGUAUCGUUUUCUGUUUCUAGUCUGCCGCUGAUUCUGUAUCUGCGCCUAACCCUGUGUGAACUGUGCUAGCCUCUGCACAGUUUCCGCAGCGCUGCUUUGCCAAAUAAACUUAAAAGCAAAAGAAGCGUUGGUGGCGUUUGAAUCUACAAGAACAGAGGUCUGCCAGGUCCAGAUGCUGCCCACAGCCAUGAGGGAAACUGGCUCUUCUGCUGCUGCGUUUUUGUUGUGAAUCCUAGGAGGUAAAUAUGCAGAGCAUUAGUCCCCAGUACAUGGCUGCAUUUCUUCAGGACAGAGACUGUGCAUUCAUUGUUUCUCACUGCCUUCCCAGCCCAGGGCUUGCUGUAUAGUAGCUCUGUAUUAAAUGCCCAGUGAGUGAGUGGCUGAAUUUAGUAUUGGGGAAGAAUGUGAUUGAGAAUAAACAUACCAAAACCUAUGUUUCGUCUGUAAAUAGACUCAUUAAUAACUGUAAAGUGUGUGUCUGUGAAGGCAAAGGCACUUUGAGGAUCUUAUUUAAAUAUGGUUUUAUAUUUUCUAAGAAGACUUUAGUUUUUAUGAAGAUUCUAGAACUUGACGGAAGAUUACAGCUUCUGAUGGGUGGGACUAGCAUCCCCAGCAGAACCUUCCUCCCAGGUGAAAGGCACAUGAUUCUUAGUGUGUGAGAAAUCCUUCCCUACUCUUCAAGUCUUAUAUCACUAAUUUAGAAGUUGUGCAGACAUCAUCUCACAAGUGUCUUCUUGGCUAAGGUCUCAGUCACAGGAAACUAGCAGUCUGUGGUCCUGCAGACUGGAAAAUCUUAACCAGCUUCGGAUUGCUGCUGGUUGUUGCUUUGGAAUCAGUGAACUCUGGUGUCCAGGAUGCAUGGUCAUUUGAAGUAUGUGUAAGAUCAAAUGUUCUUUCAGACUUGAAAGCAAAUGAAUUCUUAAACGUACCCACUAGUCUGGAUCCUUGAUAGGGUGACUACACCUUAUUACAUGUAGAUCUCUACACUAGGUUUUGGAAUAGAAAAAGGCAUUUCCACCCCAGUAGUUUUCAGAUUAGUUGAGGAGAUAGUUAAUAAAUAAGCAUCAUAAAUUACUACCCAAUUUGUAUAGAAAAUGCUCUGCCCAAAUGUUGUUCUUGUGCUUUACACUUUUAGGAGAUGAAAUUUUAGGAUACCAGAUAAACAGCCAAUUUUAAUAGAGCAUCAUUAAGUGGGUAGAGAUGAAAAUAAUAAUUUUAAUGAAGUCUGAGCCUUUAAAAAUAAUUGAAUUUAUGUAUUUGUAUAGGAGAGAUAAGAAAUGUCUGAUAUUUAGUAUAUAUAAUUUCUGAAGCAUUUUAUUUUUCCUUAAUAGAAAUUAUGCCUGUAUGUAACAUAAAGGGCAGUGAAGACAUUUCAGGAAGUUCUAGGCUAGUAUGAUCUUGUGAAAUAAAUUUUCCUAUAGAUUUGAUCUUACGAAAAGCCAAACCUGGCUAUCAAACUUUGGUGGCAAUAAGCUUAUGUCAGGGUUCAGUUUCUAUUAAGGGUUGCUGCUCUUUCUCAGCCAGGAACCGUACAAAACUACAUCUGGGGAAAAUCGUUCAUCACCACUUUCCAUGUGAAUACUUACACCUCAUUCCCCUACUAACUGCCAUUGUUUUUUGCUUUUUGGUGGGGGGUGGGGAGGCUUGCUGCCAAGCCUGAGGACCUGAGUUUCAACCCCAAGACCCACAUGGUAGAAGGAGAAAACUGACCCCUGCAGAUUGUUCUCUGACCUUCACACACGUUGUGGCGGAGGUGGGAGGAUCACAAGUCUUCCUCAGCUGCACAGCAAGUUGGAGGCCAGCAUGGACUCCAUGAGGCCUGCCUUUGAAAAAGAGAACAGAAAGUUCCCACAGUGCGUCUCUUUACUAAUACACCUUAAAAUUCAGUGGGAGUCUAAAAGAGUAAGUUUUUAGUAAUAACUUUGUAAACUCUUCAAGGGAUUCUUUGUGUGUGUUUACCACCCAGGAAGUGUAAUUCCUUGGAGUUUGUAAGGCCUUUUUUUCUGUAGAAGAGGCAGGCUUUCCUAGUUUCUAGUUUAGUGUGCCACUAAAGGAGCUCAUGCCAGUGUGGUAACCUAGCCCUAAUAAACAGAUAGCAAGCCUGGGUCAUUAUAUAAAUUGUUCUGGAAUUCAACCAGCUAAUAACUUAUUUUAGGUAAGUGCUAAAAUUCUUGCAGCAUCUAAGUCAUUUCUUACAGCUUACUGUGUUCCUGAUGACCUAAUAGCUUACUGUGUUCCUGAUGACCUAAUAGCUUACUGUGUUCCUGAUGACCUAAUAGCUUACUGUGUUCCUGAUGACCUACUAGCGUACUGUGUUCUCUAGUGAAGAGCUCUGACUGGAGUUUGGUUGCAUCUCUGGAUCUCUCCUGCUCUUUUUCAGAAAGAUGGCAGUAUUUUGUCCUUCGUGUACUAAAGGCUGUCAGUAAAAGGAUCCAAGGAAGCCUGUGACUGUGCAUUGUCAUAUAAUAAAAUGGAAAUGAAGCCUAA